AUUGAGUGUAAUGGUUGCACUGGCUCUACUAAUCGUGACUGUGUGUCCUGUAAAGGUUUAAUGAGGACUAAUUCACAAGGUCAAAGGGUCUGUGCUCCUAGUUGCAAUUCUAAUCAAUACCUCUCAGAGAAGAAUGGAGAGUUCUUCUGCUUUGAUUGUCAUCCCCAGUGCUCCGGUUGCACAGGCCCUGCUAACACUCAGUGCAGUCACUGCAGGAAUGUCAACAAUACCUUUACUAGUGAGAACGAGUGUAUCGCUGCCUGCCCUUUUGGUUCUUAUUCUGAUGAUAACAACAAGUGCAGGGCCUGUGAUCCUCAGUGUAGUGGCUGUAGUGGUCCUUCUUCAUCAAACUGUUCAGUCUGCAGUGAGGAGUCCAUUACACAGACCAAUGGAGAGUCAGUCUGUGUUCCAUCGUGUCCACUCUGGCAGAUCUAUGAUCUCAGUAGCAGCAGCUGUGCACUAACAAAUGAUGCUCAGUUAGCAGUUAUUGUGGUAGCAUCAGUGACUGGUGGAGUCCUCUUGGUAUUAGCUUGUUUGUUGGCCUGUUGCUGUAUAUUCUGCUUCAGGAAGAAGCAGAAACUCAACGCUGAUGAUGGCAUUGAGUUAACUGGAGGUGUUGCAUUCAAAAGAGGCUCAUACCUUACAAACAAAAUGAGUUCGUUAUAAAAACACACAAAAAACAAUAAAUUUUAAAUUUUAAACUGAAAAUGUCACUAUCUAAUUUAUAACAAUAUUUUCUGUAAUCCCACACACAUUAUUAUUAUUAUUAUUAAUGUAGUUUUAAAAUGUCACUCAGUA